AUGAUGCUAUUGCAUAUUGCACCAUGGAGUGCACUAAAGAUGUUGAGAAAUAUACCAAUACGGUUAAUUCUCAACGGGUUUAUGUUUUUUUGGCUGGUCUGGAUUCACAUUUGGAUGGAGUUGGUGGCCAUAUUCUUGGUACCACCCCACUUCUAAACGUUAAAGUAGUUUAUACAAUUGUCUGUGCUGAGGCAAAUCACCAAGAGGCAAUGCUUGGUAGUGUCUCUAUUGAAGGAACUGCCUUUGCUGUCAAGAAGUCUUCCAAGAAAGGAGUCCCCAAGUGUAGCCAUUGUAAUGGAGAUAAUCAUGUGAUUGAAACAUGCUCCAAACUUCAUGGCUAUCUAGAUUGGCACCCAAAAGGCAAAACAACCUCCAAUAACAAGGCAGAAAAUCUUAGUCAAAUUGCUACUGCUGCUGGAUUUGUGAUCAAGUCAGAACAUCCAUAUCAAGGAAAAGAUUGGCAGUGGUAAACAAAGUGGAGGAUUGUUUUAUCUAGAAGAUGAUUCUCAGCAAACACAUAAAGAAGCAUUGGUUCAUCUUGCGAGU